AUGGUAACAUACAGGUUGCUUUCCCUGCAACAACGCUGCUCCCACAGCCCCGAAGGAAGCAAGACUUACUGUACUGGCUCAAGAUCCUCCGAUUGCUUGAAAGAUAACUGGAAGGGAUCUGGAGUUGCAAUUGCAGGAGAAUUCGAAAUGUUCAGGUGGCACCACCAAAACUCCAACGGCUUGGGUCUUGGCCACUUCAUGAUGGCCUCCACUCCGGAUCUUAGUUGUCCUCCUCAACCAACAUACCCUGGAUAUACUAAGGACUGGCGAAUUCACACUUCUUCAAGUUCAGCCUCGUGUUUCAAGGCAAGCAUCCAAAACAGAUCUGGGACUUUGCACAUGCUCUUCCCAUGUCCCAUUGAAAACCAAGAUGUUGAGGAUACCAAUACAGAGUGA